GGUAGUAAAACUAAAAGAAAGUGAAAGAGGUUUGGUAGCGUUAAUGAAAGGAUGUUAUUUUGGUUGGUUGAGUGUUGAUGAUGUUCCUUCCUUGCUGCACUCAUUCACUACUCUUCACUACUAAGCUCUCAAUUCAACAACACUUUCGCUAUUAUCAUCCAUGAAGAACAACGAUAACAACAACAACAACAGCAAAGACACUACCAUAGGAAUCCUCGAUUCCCGCUUCAACCAAACCCUCAGAAAUGUUCAAGGGUUACUCAAGGGUCGUAGCAUUCCUGGGAAAGUAUUGUUGAGCCCGAGGGAUCCGAUCGAUAAUUCGAGCUUAUUCUCGCCGACUUACCAGAGGAGUUUGUCGUAUAGUGAUACCGGUACAAGUAAUCACACAAUUGAGACAGUAGAGGAGGAAGUUCAAAGUGGAGGCAAAUCAUUUGGUAUUAUGAGUGAUAAUAAAUCGAAAACAUCGACCUCGCAUGUAGAGAAUCCGUCUGAAGAAGUUCGGAAAACUUCCAUGGGUGCUAGAGCGACUGAUUCUGCAAGAGUUAUGAAGUUCACAAAGGCGCUUUCGGGAACAAUGGUUAUAUUAGACAAAUUGCGUGAAUUAGCUUGGAGCGGUGUUCCGGAUUAUAUGCGUCCUACAGUGUGGAGAGUUCUCUUGGGAUAUGCACCAACUAAUUCAGAUAGAAGGGAGGGAGUUUUGAGAAGGAAGCGGCUCGAGUAUCUUGAUUGUGUUUCUCAGUAUUAUGAUAUUCCUGAUACAGAACGCUCAGAUGAUGAGAUCAGCAUGCUUCGCCAGAUUGGCGUUGACUGUCCAAGAACUGUACCAGAUGUUUCAUUCUUCCAACAACCACAAGUUCAGAAAUCACUGGAGCGUAUUCUUUACGCAUGGGCCAUACGGCAUCCAGCAAGUGGAUAUGUUCAGGGGAUAAACGACCUUGUCACGCCAUUUUUUGUUGUUUUCCUAUCUGAAUACUUAGAAGGAAGCAUAGAUAAUUGGACAAUGUCCGAUUUAUCUUCAGAUAAAAUCUCUAAUGUAGAGGCUGACUGCUAUUGGUGCUUGUCAAAAUUGCUUGAUGGUAUGCAAGACCAUUAUACAUUUGCUCAACCGGGAAUUCAAAGGCUUGUCUUUAAGUUGAAGGAAUUGGUCAGGAGGAUCGACGAUCCUGUUUCAAGCCAUAUGGAGAAUCAGGGACUGGAAUUUCUUCAAUUUGCUUUCCGCUGGUUCAACUGUCUUCUAAUCCGCGAGAUACCCUUUCAACUUGUCACGCGCCUUUGGGACACAUAUCUAGCCGAAGGAGAUGCUUUACCAGACUUCCUUGUGUAUAUAUUUGCGAGUUUUCUUCUUACGUGGUCAGACGAAAUUCAGAAGCUUGAUUUUCAAGAGUUAGUAAUGUUCCUUCAACACCUUCCAACUCAGAACUGGACUCAUCAGGAGCUGGAGAUGGUACUCUCUCGAGCGUUUAUGUGGCACAGCAUGUUCAAUAACUCUCCUAGCCAUUUUGCUACCUAAAUGUCAAUUCUGAAUUUCUGUAUUUAGUUUUCUAUUUUCAGUCUUUUCCUCAUUCCAUUAGAAUCUUUUCCCCUUUGGUGUGUGAUGCUUGUUUCUUAUAGAACCAAUGUUACAUUUGUUUUGCAAUGUAAUAUCUUGUAAAGGAAAGGUAAAAAUAAACUUGAGAUAGAAGCUAUUAUUUUUUCA